ACACAUACUAGUGUGUGAUUGACUCAUCAGUGAGCUGUGAUCACAUGGGUGUGUAUGUGUGUGUGUGUGAGUCCAGAGAGGAAACAUAAUCCUGCUGAUCCCUCACACGUUCACUCAUACAUUCUCUCAGGGAUCUGCGGUGCACAGCGUGUAUGUGAGAGUUUUACAGUAAAAUGUUUGGAGUCGACGCUCUGCAGUAAAAACUCAGAGGGGUUAUGUUGCUCAUGAGUUUGUAUUUGAACUCCAGCGAGAAAGAGAAAGGCUAAAGUGUGAACCAGUCAGAUUUCACUGCACAAUCAUCUGUACAAUAAAAGCCAGCAGGAUGAACAACCACCGAACCGCUGAACGGACUGAUCAUGGAGCAGCAAUCAUCCACUCUCCCACGCCUCCCACAGGUCGAGGAGCACACAGGGAGGAAGAGGAGGAUGAAGGUGAUCUCAAUAAAACUCUGAGUGUUCAGAGAUUCCAGAACAUUCUCAGCCCCACUCCCAGAAUGCCGAGUGAACAGCAGCGCUCAUAUAGCGAGGAGGAUUUCGAAUUCCAUCGUCAGUCCUCACGCCAUAUCCGCCACCCUCUGUCCAAGCUCCACAGUGACGGCAGAAGAAAGAGGAGCGGGAAGAAGAGGAAGAGGAGUAAAGAGGGGAGAGCAAGUGUGGAUGUGCGUGAGGUGGUGGAGGAGGCUGAGGAAGAGGAGGAUGACGAUGAAGAUGAAGUUACAGAGGGUCACACAGCAGAGUCGGACACAAAAGAGGCUGUUCAGUUCUUUGUCUCUGAUGAUGACUCGCACCUCUCCACUCUGGAUGGCUCUGAAAGCUUCAGUUUUCCUCAGAAGGUCCACACAGCUCCUUCCGGCACCGACACAGACACUCCUGAAGUGGCCCCUCUCCCCAGUGAAUCCAGUUCACUGACCCACGUGUCCUCAGCGAGCCGCAAUUACGACCUCCAGGAGCGCCGCCGAACCGGGAACAUGACGGGAACUGAACAGGCAAAAUACCAGCGCAUCCCUACCGAUGAGACAGAGGCGCAAACGCUUGCCUCAGCCGACUUAGAUGGCAUCAAGAGUCACCGGUUUGAGGAUGUUCCAGGUGUGCGGAGACACCUGGUCAGGAAAAGUACUAAAGGUCAGAUUGUACACAUCAGUAAAGACCAUAAAGAACCCAGCACACGGAACCGCAAACUGGACCGCACUCCGCACGAGGUUUUUGUGGAGCUGAAUGAGUUAAUCAUGGAUAAGAAUCAGGAGCUGCAGUGGAGGGAAACAGCACGCUGGAUAAAGUUUGAGGAAGACGUGGAGGAGGAGACGGACCGCUGGGGAAAACCACAUGUUGCUUCACUCUCAUUCAGGAGCCUUCUGGAGCUCCGAAAGACCAUCUCACACGGUGCCGUUCUGCUGGAUCUGGAUCAGAAAACCCUGCCAGGAAUUGCUCAUCAAGUGGUGGAACAGAUGAUCAUUUCUGACCAGAUUAAAGCAGAGGAUCGAGCCAACGUCUUGCGCGCUCUGCUGCUCAAACACAGCCACCCCAGCGACGACAAAGACCACACUUCCUUCCCCAGGAACAUUUCAGCCGCCAGCCUGGGCUCCCUCAUGGCCCACCACCACCACCAUCACCAUAGCAACAGCACUGGUGGCCAGGCCGAGCCUUCGGUCACUCAGCCGCUUAUGAGUGGCACCCCCACCAGGACAGACACAGUACUGCACAUGGAGACAGACAAAAACGAGAAAGAUGCUGGUCCUGUUGGAAUGCACAGAUCCAAAUCCAAACAUGAGCUGAAACUGCUGGAGAAGAUUCCAGAAAAUGCAGAAGCAACUGUUGUGCUUGUGGGCAGUGUUGAUUUCCUGGAGCAGCCCACCAUGGCCUUCGUGCGUCUGCAGGAAGCUGUGGAGUUAGACUCGGUGCUGGAGGUUCCGGUUCCUGUGCGGUUCCUCUUCGUUCUGCUUGGACCUCCCAGCACCAGCAUGGACUACCACCAGAUUGGACGGUCCAUAUCUACGCUCAUGUCUGACAAGUCCUUCCACGAAGCAGCUUAUCUGGCAGAUGACCGGCAGGACCUUCUGAACGCCAUCAACAGUUUCCUGGACUGCAGCAUUGUGUUGCCCCCCUCAGAGCUGGGCGGAGAAGAUCUCCUUCGCUCUGUGGCUCACUUCCAGAGGGAGAUGCUCCGCAAAAGAGAAGAACAGGAAAUCAGUCUGCUUGCCAAAGAACCCAAGAGCCUGGAGGAGAAAGAGGCUCUUUUAGCUCCCUUUAAGCCUGAGGAUGACCCUCUUCAGCGUACAGGCCGGCCGUUUGGGGGGCUAAUCCGAGAUGUGCGCCGCAGGUACCCAAAGUACCUCAGUGACUUUAAAGAUGCUCUGAAUGCACAGUGCAUGGCUGCCGUCAUCUUUAUCUACUUUGCUGCUCUUUCUCCUGCUAUAACAUUUGGAGGGCUGCUUGGAGAGAAGACUGAGGGGCUGAUCGGUGUAUCUGAGCUGAUUGUGGCCACGUGCAUCCAGGGCGUGCUCUUUUGCCUGCUCGGGGCACAACCGCUGCUGGUGGUGGGCUUUUCUGGACCCCUGCUGGUCUUUGAGGAAGCCUUUUUCUCUUUUUGCAAGAGCAAUGGACUGGAGUACCUGACAGGUCGUGUUUGGAUCGGAUUCUGGCUUAUUAUCAUCGUAGUGGUCAUGGUGGCCUUUGAAGGAAGCUUCUUGGUUCGCUUCGUCUCCCGUUUUACUCAGGAGAUUUUCUCUUUCCUCAUCUCCCUCAUCUUCAUCUAUGAAACCUUCUCUAAACUCGCCAAGAUAUUUCAGGAACAUCCUCUGCAGCGCUGUUCUUGUGGGAAUGGCUCCAUGCUGAAUGAGUCCGAGAUCUCUUCUGUGGAGAACUUCACUUGGAGCCCUCAGGCAGCCAAUAGCAGCUCAGAAGUGAAAGUGAAGGUGGAGGCGGAGCCAAACACAGCUCUACUGUCUCUGGUGCUCAUGUCCGGAACUUUCUUCAUCGCCUUCUAUCUGCGCAAAUUCAAAAACAGUGCCUUUUUUCCUGGCAGGCUGAGGCGGGUAAUUGGAGAUUUCGGGGUGCCGAUUGCCAUCCUGGUCAUGGUGCUGGUGGACUACAGCAUUCAGGACACAUACACACAAAAACUGAGCGUCCCUCGUGGUUUCUCUGUGACCAGUCCAGAUAAGCGUGGUUGGGUGGUGAAUCCUCUGGGCUCGGAGGUCCAGUUCCCCAUCUGGAUGAUGGCUGCCAGCGUCCUGCCAGCUCUGCUGGUCUUUAUUCUGAUCUUCAUGGAGACACAGAUCACCACACUGAUCGUUAGUAAGAAGGAGCGAAUGUUGAUUAAAGGUUCUGGAUUUCAUCUGGACCUGCUGAUCAUCGUGGCUUUAGGUGGAACCUGUGCGCUGUUCGGACUGCCCUGGAUGGCUGCAGCUACGGUCCGCUCAGUGACCCAUGUCAACGCCCUGACUGUGAUGAGCAAAGCUGUCGCCCCUGGAGACAAACCACGCAUCCAAGAGGUCAAAGAGCAAAGGGUCACCGGACUGCUGGUGGCCAUUCUUGUUGGUCUGUCCAUAGUGAUCGGAGACCUCCUGCGGCAGAUCCCCAUCGCUGUGCUGUUUGGGAUUUUUCUCUACAUGGGUGUGAUGUCACUGAAUGGAAUCCAGCUGAGUGAGCGCAUGCAACUGCUUCUGAUGCCUCCAAAAUACCACCCUGACCACAUCUACGUCCGCAAGGUGCGGACCCUGCGCAUGCACCUGUUCACAUUGGUGCAGAUGGUGUGUUUGGCGGUUUUGUGGGCAGUGAUGUCCACUGCAGCCUCGCUGGCCUUUCCCUUCGUCCUCAUCCUCACCGUGCCCCUGAAAAUGUUCCUCUUACCACGAAUCUUCACCACCCGCGAGAUGCAGUGUCUGGAUGCAGAUGAUGCAGAACCAACGUUUGAUGAGAAAGAGGGACAGGAUGAGUACACAGAGAUGCAUAUGCCAGUGUGAGAUUCACCUGCAUCUAUCUGUUCUCUUUCCCUCCAUCCAUCUCUUCUUCUACCCACCUAUCCAUCUUGCCCUCCAUCCACAUUCCCUCCGUCCAAGUCUCCAUCUGUCCAUCUCUCCCUCUGUCCGUCUGUAAGACAUUCCAUUUUAACCUGUGUGACUCUCAGUGCUCGAAAAACCUGUUUAAUUUUAAACUGAGAGUUUUUUGGGGUUCUGAGUAAAUCAGAGUGUUAGACCAAUCUUAACCAAAUGUAUGUUAUAAUGAUUUAUGGGUUAACUGGAGGUUUAUUUAUAUGUUUUAUGUAUGUCACUGUUAUUGGAACAGUUUAGAAUUUAGAAUAUUUCAGUUUAGCAUAUUUAAUUAUAAUCUCAUUAUAAUGAGAUUAAAGGGUCAACUGAAGGUGUCUGUAUGGGAGUGACUGCUCGAAUCAGUAAGCUCUGUUUGUGUAGAUGAUUGAUCUUUUUUGGCUGAUGUUAUUUAUACUGUAGAUGCUGCGUUAUCUGUAUUUGUACACUGUUGCCAACAACAACCACAUUCCCCCUUUUCAGCUCAUCUGUUAAAUGGUUUGAUUCAUUUUUUAAAAAUCCUAAAUUCUUUUGAAAUGGAAGAUCUUUUAGGUGAUGCUGGUGAACUGCUGUCAGUCUGCAUGAUGACAAAGCUGAAAAUUCAGCUGCAUCACAUUAUACUGCAUUAAGACUUGCACUUUUAUUUACAGACAUUCCCAAUAUUCUCAACAGUCUCUCAGAUUAGGAAAUAGCAGUUCAUAUUUAGCAACUAAAACAACUAAAAUCUACCUUUAAAGGGAGAAUAAAAAAAUUAAAUUACAUUUUCAGUCACAUUCUUUUAUGUCUUUCAUUUUAUUAGAAGUUCAAUAAAGCACGUAUACUGAAAUAACCAUUCCAUACCAUCUAUUUUACUCAGUGGAGAACCAUGACUAUUAAAGCUGGGCCUUCAGUUCGGGUCAUAAAUGUCAGAAACAAAAACACCUCUACAAUAAUUCUAAUUUCAGCUAACCCCUAUGGGAUUUCUAAUAGUAUGUCAGCAUUAAGCUAAUGUGAGUGCACAUGAACAUUUUUUGUCCACUCUAGAUUAAAGACAGACAUUUGAAGCUUCCACUUUAUUUGAAGCUUUUAUCAGACAUUAACAUAUAUUUAAGCUUAUAUGUCUCAGUUUUACAGUGACUCUUUUGGUAAAGAAUCCUGUGCUAAAGCUUCCACCGCUGUCUUCAUUUCCAACAGCCGACUGAAACCUGCUUAAACUAUGGCUCGUAUUCACAGUCAGCGAUGUAUCUAGAAGUGUCAGAGGGACUGACGGUGGUUAAUCUAACGUGUAAGGCCUUCAGUCCAGCUCCUGAACUCCCAACCAAUGGGAGAGUUGUGCCCAGAUACCACAGAAAACACAACUCUGAAUUCUUCAAAAAUUGAACUCUUUUGUUUCCAACCAAAACUUAUCAACAAAAUAAGAAGUAUUACAAAGCUUACAGCAUACAAUACUUGCACGCAUGAUGAUUGUAUUAAAGAAAAAUACACUAAAAAUUACAGACCUGGGAAAUUUAACUAAGACACAUGUUCAGUCACAUGAUCCAUUAAACCGAUCCACACCGUAAUUUUUCCUUCUCAGCACUGCGGCCAAAUAUGUACUAAUUUUAUAAAAUAUUAUUUUUUUUACUGGAAACUUUGUAUGGAAAAUCUUAUAAGGUUAGAGUUAAAUGUUAUACAUAAUGUUUUGGUUAAUUUCCCAGAACACUCUGGGUUUAAUUAUUUUUAACAGCACUUGUGCCUCGUAUGAAUGAACCACUGUGUGCCUUUUUAUUUCAUUCUUUUCAAAGUCUGUAGCUCUUACUGUAUACACUGUAUUAUUUGUUUAUCAAAUAUGUCCUGACAGUAAACAGCAUCAGUUAAACUGCUAGCUGCCUAUUUGAAUCAUAUUUUUAUAAAAUCUUUUAGAAAUAAUAAUUGUUUGGUACUAAGACUGAAAUAAACACCUUAUGACAUCAUCUGGAUUUGUAAUAUACAGUACGACCAAAAAGACCAUUUUAGAUUCAACAUUUCUUAAGAAUUAGUAGAUAUAUGAGAAAUAAUUUUGGGGGGUCAGAAUACUUUUUCUUUUAUUUCUGUAUUCAUUAAAAAUGCUUUCCUUUGUAAAAGUGCCCUUAUAAACAUGAAUUACUUAUUUAUAACAUGCCGUAAAACAGUUGUUUAAGAUAAUAAAGUAACAAGCCACUAACUAUACAAUAAAUGAACAUUGUGAUAGCUUUGCUCAUGCUAACAACACUCAUGAAACAACUCUGUGUAGAAGACAAUCUUAUUUUAUUAAAAUAAUUUCUUGCGUAAGUUAUUAUGGAAUAUAAGUUAUUAAUAAGUGUACAAGCAUUCUUGUUACUGUUUCCUUUGUAAUCAGGUACGCACUAUGGAUCAUAAAGUCAGUAAAGUGGAGUGUUCAAAAAUAGAUCUGCUUUACUUAUUUAGCUGAUUCAUUACUGGGUUUAUCUAUAUAAUCAUCAUACCUAUUCAUAUCAGUUAAUAACAAAUCAAAACAGGUGACAUUUGACUGAAUUUGUGAAAGUUGGAGUCAAAUCUGAUUGUAAUGAAUAAAGUCUGAAUGUUCUGUGGUGAGCUGAAAGAAAUAUGGGCCUUUCUGUUGUGUUUUUAUUUUGUUUGUUUGUUGACAUUACACUACAAGACAAUAAACGCCACUUCUAUAUUUCAGAACUUUAUUUUUUAAAAUUUUAGCAGUGUUAUUAGUUAUUAGAUAUUUUUGAUUUGUAUUAAAGGGGAAUAAAUCAUUUACUGCUCUACUGCAGCAUGUUGAUGUGUUCAGAGUUUAAAAAAAUAUGUACAGUAUUUGCUGCAAAGAUUAAAUUUUGAUGUCAAAUAAAUCGUUUUUUUCUA